AGGGGAAGGGGAGGGGCUGCCACAGCUGUGCUCAGGGCAGGGGCUGUGUGUGGCGGAGGCUGCCAGGACUAUGCCCUGGACACGCGGUGGAGGCGGCCAUGGCGACGCUCGUUCCCUCACGUCAGACUAGCACCCUUACCACCGCUCCCCCCUUUAUCGGGGCGGCGCCAGCUCGUGUGCACAGAGAGGAGCUGCCGGGCACGAAACCCGCCACACGUCACCGCGGAACCGGAACCCAACAGGGCCCCGCCGCGCGCGCAACCACGGCCGCCGGCAGAGCACACGCCACCCGCGAGCGCGCGGUCUCGCGCUCUUUUGAUCUCUCGCCCCGGUUCGCCGGGCCGCCCUGCUGGGAAUCCCCGGAGUAGACCCGCAGCUCUCGCGAGAUGUAGACGAGCGCAGCGGGCGCGAGGCUGCGAUGGGGCUGCAGGGGGUCAAGGCCGUGUUCUUCGACUUGGACAACACGCUCGUCGACACGGCCGCCGCGGGCCGGCGGGCCAUACGGGAGGUAAUAAAUGUCUUGCAAUCAAAACAUCAGUGUGAUGAAGGAGAAGCUCACAUGAUUUGUGAUAAAGUCCAAGAAAAACUCCUCAAAGAGUGUCAUGAUCCAGCUAAGGUGUGCAUUACUGAUUUAAGGAUCUCACAUUGGGAAGAAGCAAUACAAGAAACAAAGGGUGGCGAGGCUAAUCGAAAUCUGGCAGCAGAAUGUUAUUUCCUGUGGAAAACUACACGCCUCCAGCAUCUAACCCUAACGGAGGAUACAAGAAGCAUGCUUACUGAACUUCGAAAAAUGGUCCGCUUGCUUUUAUUAACUAAUGGAGACAAACAGACUCAGAGGGAGAAGAUUGAAGCGUGUGCCUGUCAACCAUACUUUGAUGCCAUUGUUGUGGGAGGAGAACAGAAAGAAGAGAAACCAGCACCAUCUAUAUUUCUUUAUUGUUGUGAUCUACUAGGAGUACAGCCUUGGGACUGUGUGAUGGUUGGUGACUCACUAGACACAGAUAUUCAAGGAGGCCUGAAUGCAGGUUUGAAAGCAACUGUCUGGAUAAAUAAAACAAUGCCAAUGCCAAUAAACACUUCCCCAGUACCUCAUUAUAUAAUUUCUUCUGUUCUUGAUCUUCCAGCACUCUUACAGAAUAUGGACCACAAAAUGAAUGCUAACUUAGAAACCAGUAAGAUGGUUAGUAUUAAUGACGUACAUGACAGUGCCAGUGUAGAAUCUAAGAAAUUCUAAGUCCUUAGCCUGCUAAAGUUUUUGUUGAAAGUUUGGCCCUAAAAUCUUACACAUGUAAACGUGUUACUCAAACAGUGGAUGUGUAAGUAAGAGUAUAUUUGAGUGGAGUUCAAUAAAAGAAAAGCAUUAAAUUGAAUCUUGUUAUUGAUUGAAAUUUUUGGAAAAGAAAUGAAGCAUAAGUGCAAUUAUCUUAAAUUUAUGCUCUACUUCUGGAAACUGAGAGACUUUUUAGUAUAGGUCAGAGACAACCAUGCUUAUCAGUCUUUUGCUUUUACAUGAAAAAGGGAAAACUCCCUGUUUUUGAUUUUCAUUUUGGUUUGCUAGUUUACAUAUUUAGCAGGAAUUUCAGUCAAAAAAGAUUGUUUGUGGUGUAUAAAACAGUAGAAGGUGGAAGAGAGAAUAUGGUAGAAUUCUAGGUUCUUCACAGUCUAAUCUAUAGAUUUCUCAAUAAGGCUUAAAAUGAAUUUCCCCAUUUGAAAAAGUGAUUGGAUCUAGUACAUAAAGCAGCCCUUUCUAAUUUUGGAAGCUAGUGACUUUUCACAAAUUUUGCAGAGACUGUUCUUAGAUAAGACCCAAAUCCCUGUCAGAAAAAUACAUAUAUGUACACUUCCAAGGUAGCAUAUGUAUAGGGGACCAUUCAUCAGCAGGGCUUCAUGGAUAGAUACAUGUAUCUGCACUAAAACAGUAUUUGUAAUGCAGAUUAUGAUUUAUGUUGCACUGUAUUGUGAGUUAACUGACUUUUUUGGACAUUUGCAAUGGUCUUUGCUCAGUUUUGUCUAAUAUUCUUAAAGCUUAUGCAAUUGUUCUGUUUGGUUUUAUUAGUGAAUUUUGAUCAAACUUUGGUCUUGUAGUUGGCUCAGGAAGGUGCAGGGGUCUACCCACUUGGAGCCAGUUACAGGAUUGGAGCCUUUCUGACUACUAAUUCCAUUGCUGUAGAACCUUUCCAAAUUCUAGCUUCUACAUGUACUUCAUCUGUACUCACUUUGAAAAAUUGUGUACUAGUAAAAAAAAAAAAAAAGAAAAGUGGUUUGCAUGACUUUUCCAGGAACUUGAAUUCAGUUAUAGGAUGUAAUACUGGAUAAACAGCUUCACACUGUAUACUAUUGACACUGGAUUUAGAAGAUUACCCUGUUUAUGCCAUAUUAUAACACUACUCUUCCUCCACAAAAUGUAUUUAAUUUUGCUGUACUUAAUUUUCUUUUGUAACAGUUAAUUUCCCUCCUUACAAAACUUUUUUUCAAGAAUGUAACUUCACACUUCAAAAAUAUGAACAUUUGGGAGUAUCACAUUUUAAUUUUCAUAUUUUUAGAAAUUGGGAUUAAUACUUAUUGGAAGCAUUGCACAUUAACACCCAUGCCUGUGUUUACACUAGGUCAAAUAUCUGUCAUUAUGUGAUGGAUCACAAAUUUCAUGUUUUAAAAAAUGAUCAUCACAAUUGAUAGGUUAUACUUUGGAUAUGUUUGUGAGUUAGGAUAAAAACCAUUUCAGACUUGGAGAGUUAUAGAAUACCAUAAAGCAAGGAAACCUACCAGAAGGUGUAGAAGGACAUGGCUACAUGAGAAAACUGCAUCAGUUGAACCUAAGGUUUAAAUUUAAACGUAUUUUAAACUUGUGCAGUGCCCUACAUGGACUUAUUUUGGUUUAAACGGAGGCUUUUUUGGUUUAACUUAAAUUGAUUGGCAACAGAGGUAAGCUAAAUCAAAAUGUCAUCCCUAAACUGAAACAGUGUCUGAAGGAGUUUGCACUUGAAAUCUAUUUUUUUAAAAGAAAAAAAAAGUUAAACCAGUUCAACUUCUUCAUUUAGACAGUGCUAAGGAAGGACCUCAAGGAGCAAACUGCCAGAGCCACACAGAACAAUCAGUUAAAGAAAAGCCUGCACCACUUAAGUCUUUAACAUAGUUAUGAGCAAAAGUUACGAAGGAAGGUGAGGCCUAAGAUGAGGUUAGAUGGUGUCACCAAGUAUUCAAAGUUUAGGCUGUUGGCUUGGUUCUGUAAAUGAAGACUGUUUAAUAAUAAUAAAAAAAAACUGUUUACCACAGCCUCCCAAGAUUUGUUACACUAAAAAUCUAUUGUUUGUAUAGCACCCGGCAGAAGGGAAGCCCAGUCUGAUAAGGGCCUCUGAGUGCUAGUGUAAUAAAGAAUCCAUAAUUAUGGGAUGAGGCUCUGGACUGCAGAUGUCCAUGGAGCCAUAAGGCCAGAUCCUCAACUGCUGUAAAUUUGUUUUAGCUCCAUUGACUUCAACUGAACUAUAACUAUUUUUUACAAGUUGAGGAUCUGUCUAAUACUUUUUCUUGCCAAUAAUGCAUCAUUCUGCCUUGGGCUGCUGCACCUGCUGGCGUAUUUAUACUCUCACUCUGCUUUAGAGAGGAACAUUGUUCUUUCUGCUUUGCACAUGAUCAGUGUCAAAUUAUCAAAAGAAGAAGAAAGCACAGUAACUGCAUACUCAGCUACAGAGGGUCCACACAAAUACUUUUCCUUCAUUGCUGAGUACUGUACCAGGAUACAUGUAGCUACCAGUCUGCAUUUUAGCUAUUAUUAAUUAUUACUAUGCUGCUAUAAAACAAGAAAAAUGUAGAACGUUAUUUUUUCCUAUCUAAGGUCCUUUCAGAGUAUCAGUCAUCAUAUCUAGCUUAUCUGCAUGUCAAACUGACAGGCUGGUUUUCUUGAGAUUGAUCUCUUCCAAAAUGCCUAGUGAAAUUGAAAGAAAAAAAAAACAGCUGGAUCAUUUUUAUGAGAAAAGCAACAAAACAAGACAGUGUAACAGUCCAGUAUUCAGUUGCGUUCUGGUUUUGCCAAGUCUUUAUUAAUAUAACCAGGCAACUAAAAAACAAAAUAAAAAGGUUCCUUUGUUUAAAAUAUACUGUCAAAAUAUACUGAAAUUCCACCUGCACUUUUACUAAAAAUGUUUACUUUGGGAGAUAGUUUGAACUGUGAAAUUUUGAUUUUUGUGAAAUGCUGAUCUGGAACAUUUGGUUAACAUUGAUAAAUGACAUGCUUUGGGUUUCGAAUUGUUAAUUUAAAAUAAAUGAUGUACUUGUCAAAUAAAAUCUCCUGUUUUUAAAGCA